ACCCAAGCGAUCAGAAGUCAACUUCCUACCAAACUUUCCCCAAGGAAAGGAUCCUUCAAGCCUUGACCAGUUGAGGCAAGCAAUUGUUGAAGAAGGCUGAGAAGAACCUGCCCCUCAUUAGAAAGUUGAUGGAGACCACAUUUCCCCUGCGCAGACAAACCAUAGUGAUGUCCUGCCCACCAGUGAAGGAGCUCUUGGACCUCUGGCCUGCUCUAAAAAUGGAGUCUGAGUUGUAUGCAGAGUUUCAGCGGAUUACAAAUCAGAACCUGCCCAAUACAUUCUACGCUGAACUUGACCACCAUCUUCUUCGACUGAUGACCUUAUUCAGACAGAAGGCAUCAAAAACGGGGAAGACAGCAGAUGCCCUGGCUGAAAUUCUAAGAAUUCACGAUGAACAGGACAUCCAUGAUAUCCACACCAAGCACACUACCGUUCUCCACGCCCUUCCUGUCUAUCUGCGUGAGGAUGUCUCUGGAUUUUUCAGAACCUGCACUGACGAAUCUGAUGAGUUGGAGCUUGAUGGUGUUGAAGUGGCCCUCUUCACUGUCAUCAGUGACCAUGACACGACAAGUCCAGUUCACUACCAACCUGUGAAAAUCUCUGUCGUCAUUGAAAGUGAUGCUGUGGUCAGUCUCCCCAGAUUUGGUGAAGCCUUCCUGGUAAUGUUUGGACUGAUCUAUGCACUUCAUCUCAGCUACCCCAAAGCCCUGACCAACACUUUAGAAUUUACUCAAAAGAUUUUACUUGGUCUAGAAAGUGGUAAACUGUCACCCAGUUUACAGACCCUCAAGAGGGUGUUCAGCCAAUAG